ACGAAAAGUCACGUGGUCGGCCUCUUUUCCUCGUGGGUAAAAAUGAAGGCUCGUGGCGAGUUGCUGGAAUACAAGGUUGUGGGUCGUUCGUACCCAACCGAGAAAUGUCGGGUACCACCAUUGUACCAAAUGCAAAUCUUCGCCCCGAACAACACGACUGCCAAGUCCAGGUUCUGGUACUUUGCCAACAAGCUAAAAAAGAUGAAGAAAUCGGCUGGUGAGAUCGUCUUCGCCAGCAGGGUGUUUGAGAAGAAACCUUGCACGGUCAAGAACUUUGGUAUCUGGAUUCGUUAUGACUCACGAAGUGGAACUCACAACAUGUACAAGGAGUACCGUGACUUGACCAUCUCCGGAGCCGUCACCCAGUGCUAUCGUGAUUUGGGAGCCCGUCAUCGUGCCAGAGCUCACUCUGUUCAGAUCAUGAAGGUCCAGGCUAUCCCAUCAAGCAAAUGCCGACGUGCAUACGUCAAGCAGUUCCACGAUAGCAAGAUUCGCUUCCCUCUGACCAACCGUGUGAAGAGGCCGCUCCAUCACCCAAGGUUCACCAGCAGGCGACCACACACAACAUUCUAAGAUGGGUGAAAAAAAAUAUGUACAGUAAUGUAUUGAAUAAAAAAAAGUUAAAAAAGAAA